GCAGCCUGUCAGAACUGCGCUUCGCAGUUAGCCGCUACAGAAGCGAGCCGCGGUGGUAUAUAGUUGCAGGGCCAAACAGGGAGUCGGAGUCCUUGCUUCAAGUAGCCUAAUCUCCAUCUGGCGCGUUCGGCUUCAGCUGCAAACACGGAGGAAUUACGGCGAGCAAAAAAUAAACAAGCUGCAAAACAACAGGAUUCUAUCCAACAUUUCAUAGAGAAUCAGGAAUGGAAAACUCCGCGGCCAACGAUAGGUUCAGGAACUCAAAAUUUAAUUACGAUGAUGAGUUGUCCUCCAUAGAGGACUCGGAGGACCCUGAGCUGGACCACCACAUUAUAAAGGACCUCUCCCCCAACGUGACCAACCCUUUUGCCAGCCGGGAUGCCCUGGGGGAGCGCCAGCCUGAGGGAACGAGUCGCCCCUACGCCCCCGGCACUCCCGCCUUUCUGCGCCCCACACUGGCGGGCAGGUCCUUGGGGUCACAGGCUGCGGAGCCAGAGCCUCUUCGCCGGUUUCAGAUGAGCUCCCUGGACUCCCCACUCAGCCCCUCAAGACCCAAAAGCCCCUGGGGACGCUUCGACCCCUACGACUCCGCAGAGGACCAAGAUAAGGAGUAUGUGGGCUUUGCAACACUGCCAAACCAGGUUCACCGAAAAUCAGUGAAAAGGGGCUUUGACUUCACGCUGAUGGUUGCAGGGGAAUCUGGCCUGGGGAAAUCCACUCUAGUGAACAGCCUCUUCCUCACAGACCUCUACAAGGACAGGAAGCUGCUUAAUGCGGAAGAGAGGAUCACUCAGACCGUAGAGAUCAUCAAGCACACAGUGGACAUCGAGGAGAAGGGCAUCAAGCUAAAACUCACCAUCGUGGACACACCUGGCUUCGGGGACGCAGUCAACAACACAGAGUGCUGGAAGGCUGUGGAGGACUACAUUGACCAGCAGUUUGAGCAGUACUUCAGGGACGAGAGCGGCCUGAACCGCAAGAACAUUCAGGACAACCGCGUGCACUGCUGCCUCUAUUUCAUCUCUCCGUUUGGGCACGGUCUCAGACCAGUGGAUGUGGAGUUCAUGAGGGCCCUUCACGAGAAGGUCAACAUAGUGCCUUUGCUGGCCAAAGCGGACAGCCUCACCCCUUCAGAGAUCCAGAAAAAGAAAACCAAGAUUCUGGAGGAGAUAGAGCAGUUUGACAUCAAGAUCUACCAGUUCCCAGAAUGCGAUUCGGACGAGGACGAGGACUUCAAGAGGCAGGACCAGGAGCUGAAGGAUAGCAUCCCCUUUGCUGUGAUUGGCAGCAACGUUGUGGUGGAGAGCAAGGGGAGGCGGGUUCGAGGGCGUUUGUAUCCCUGGGGCAUUGUGGAAGUGGAGAACCCAGUCCACUCGGACUUCCUGAAGCUAAGGAACAUGCUGGUGCGCACACACAUGCAGGACCUGAAGGACAUGACGCGGGAAACGCACUACGAGAACUUCCGCUCUAACUGCAUCCAGAGCAUGACCCGCAUGGUGGCCAAGGAGAGGAAGCGCAGUCGACUGACGCGGGAGAGUGGGACGGAUUUCCCCAUCCCACUGGUGCCAGGGACCACAGACAGCGAAACAGAGAGACUGAUCUGGGAGAAGGACGAAGAGCUGCGCAAGAUGCAGGAGAUGCUGCAGAAGAUCCAGGAGGAGAUGCACAGGCAGAAGGAGGGGUGUUAACCCCUCUCCCUCCCCGUACUCCACACAGGGGGUCACUCUGUCUGUCCCUCUGUCUCUGUCUGCAUCAACUGCUAACGCCAAUGACUAACCCCUCAUUAACCCACUGCAUCAUUUCCAUAUGUGGGGGAAGAGGAAAGAAAAACAACCAAUCAGAGAAAUGAACACAUGAACAUUGGGGAGAAGGGGGGGGGGUGACCUCCACGGUUGCUCUUGCCUUCACUUGCACUCCAUCUGGGAGGUGAAGGUGCGACAUCACUACCCGGGGCAGGGUAUGCACCCGUGUCUCUCACCUGUCAGAGUGUUAAAGGGUAUGCCUGCGUGGUGCAGAACUGUGAGAAAGGUGCUGAUCAUUGUUACCAUGGUGACUGUGUGACAAAAAGCCAUCCUGUUCUUUCUGUUUUCACUCACUGAAGAUGGGGGCUGCCGCCCUCAGACCACAUUUAGACCUCGUUUCCUUGAGCCAAAAGAUGCGGAUGUGUCUCUAGGAGACUAGUACGUUAGACAUAAGGGCGUGUUUUUGGUUCUGUGGAGGCAGUACAGUUUGUUUGCAGUUUUUAAUCCCUGACAGGCCACAAUUGGGGGGGGGGGGUCUUUAGCUUUAUGAAUUACUGCUCUGCCAUAUGCAGGUUGAUCAGCACAGGGGCAGGAUCUCCCUCAGCCUUGGAUAGAACUGUGUGCCAGCACAAGGCUGAGUCUGCCAUGUCUGAAACGAAUGACAGAUAUUAUGUACAUAAAAAAACACUGGCGUAUAAUUUAUCAUGGAAAGAUAAAGACAAAAUGAGAUUUGUGGAUUAAUGCAGUCUGCCCUCCUUGCUAAGGCUGUGCUUCUCCGAGAAAAGGUGUUUCUCCGGUUUAUUCCAGAACUUUUUUAUUUAUUUAUUCAUAUGUGUCCCACAGAGCGAUGCAAGAGCAGCAUUUAAGUAUUUUUCUUAAUUGUGAUGUUAUAUGUUUGAAUGUUUUUUUUUCUUACGGUAAGACUGCAGAUCAGUUUGUGUUUAAUGUUUGUUUGUUUAUUUUUGGAAGCUGCUUGUCGUAGACAUAAAGUACAUGGAAAAGUG